UUCACGGAUGCCUUACUCUACCGGAACAGAUUAUUUCAGAAAGCGAAACAUGUGUAUGUAAUAUACGAUUUCUUAUGUUAAUAGGUAUUAUUGAGGUACGUUUGCUCUUUCAGUUAAGAAGCUCUCUAUUACACCAUAGGGUGCAGGGACACAUGGGUAGAUAUGAUGUAUAUACUCACACAUGUUUGAUUUAGAUACAUAUUAGGAACUAGUGAUGUGAGAUGGUGUUAUUGGCUGAAUUCAAUGCAUACAGCAGUGACAUGGAGUCAAUGGGAUUGGCCCGGAGAAGUACACAGAGUUAAUCUCGCGCUCUUCUGAUGUAAAGCCCGUAUUGAUACAUCAUGAAAGAGUUAUCAAAUUGCGAAGUUCUAAAUAGGCAAAAUUAUGGUAAUAAAGAGGCUAGAAACUGAAAAAAAAUAUUGCUAAAGUCGACUUCAGUGAAAUGGAAGGGAAAGUACCGACCGUUUGAUAUAGACGGACACAAUACUGUUCGCAUAUGGGAGUAUUCAAGAGACAGAUAAAGUAUGGAUAUAUAAGACUUGUAAUUACAAAGGGAAGAAAACCAUGGCAACCGAUCGCCAUGGAUAUCGACGGGAGAGAACCAAUAUUUCUCAUCGCGAGAAUUCAACUUCUUUAUACUAUUCACGGGAACAAACUAACUUCUCGAGAAUCUCCUCGCGAAAUACCAUCACACCAUUCUUGAUAACACAACAACAGAAAACAAAGAAUUGCUGGGCUAGUGAACGAAAGAGAAAGUGUCUCAAGUCCACGAUUCGAUCUGAACGACGAUUUGCAAAAACCGACGAAAAUCAUGAGAAGUCACGUGUCCAAAGUAACUUACCAGAUGAUGUAGAAGAGGAGAGGAAACCAAAUGUCAAGGCAAUCAACCGCUUUCGAGUGGCUAUCCUUUGUGUACGCGUUCUGGUCGGAUGGUUACGGAUUAUAAUCAACAUCAGUGACCGUAAGACGCCCCGGACAGCAGCAGAGGAGCAGUGGUAUACCCUGUACAAUAGUAACGAGGCCCGGGCACUGGCCUUCAACAAGGCACUGUUCGCACGGGAGAGGACACUUGCUAAAGUACCAAACUGGGCAAAGGAGAUUCUAAACCUUGACCCAGAAGACCGGACGGAAGAUGAUUGCCGGAGACUUCACGCCCUACUCAGAGGACUUAAAAGCUUCGACAAAUUUACAGAGAAAAUUCAACUGUCUAUGUGUAGGGCUUUUCGCUACAUCAUUGUGGAGCAUGGCCGAGUGAUUUUAAGACGAGGACAUGUUGGAUUUAAUUUCUACUUUAUCUUCUCUGGGUCUGUAUUUGUGAACCUGGAGGAUAGAAACAUCGACGGAGAAAAGUUUGAGAAAACUGAGACCGUUCUACUUCGAGGGGAUGCUUUUGGAGAGUUGGCUCUCCUCCGAGACAUCAGACGGACAGCGUCGAUCACGUGUCGGGAGGUAUGUGAAAUGCUGGUAGUGGAUAAGGACACGUUUUCAAAGGUUUGUCCCAAAAUCUUUGAAGAGGAACUGGAGGAAAAGGAACGCUUUCUUUGCCAUUUGCCGUUAUUUAACAGCCGAGUAUGGACUAAAGAGACGAUCAAACGUGUCUGUACAGAAGCUCAAAUUCAGGAGUACAAGACCAAUAAGGUGAUAGUGGUCGACACUGACGAGGACUGGAUUUACGUCUGUAUGGAGGGUAAGUGUCAGAUCAUCCGGAGAGUGGCAUUAGACGUCCAGUCAAGUCAUAAGAAAUCGUCAGAGGCGAAACGAGCGUCAACUCCACUGUUGUCUGACGAGGUGCUUGACAUCCUUGGAAAACUCAAAAACAUACAGGACAAGAACAAACAGGAGGCAGAAUCAGAAGAUUUGGACGACGAACUUGGAAAGGAAAGAAUGCUGGAUUCGAUGUCAUUGGAGUACCGCCAAGACGGAAGGACAAAGGACUACAUUAGCACUCUGCUGGAACAGCGUCGCCGGUUAAUGAAGAGCAAAGACAAAGAAGUUGUCACAAAGAAAAAGGAAGUGGUGUCAAAAAAAGGACCGACAACUCUGACAUCACUGAUGGCACAAAAUAAGAAAAGUCCAGACGGAAAAGACUACGUUUAUUUGGAUAUCGGCUGCUUACAUAGCAAAGACAUAUUUGACCUGUUUUGUAUUAUGUAUCCGUCAAGACGUCCGCCUAACAGUACUCUGAUACUUGUUAGCCUAGGUACCCGGAUGUUGAGGAUAAAACGGAAGAAUUUCUUCAACACGACAAGUCAUGAUGCUCUGCUACAUGCCAAACGACUUGCAAAGAAAGAUAGACAUCCCAGCGAGGAAAUGAUCCUAAGAUCCUAUCAAGAAAAGACGAUGUGGGAUAACUACAAGUCUGAUGUUGUGGCAGAAAUCGUAGGACCGCAUCUAAAGAAAAAUGGUCGAUUCUCGAACAUAUCCAAAGACCAAAUAAACAUCAUCAAACAAAGAAAUGAACAGAACGAGAAUCUCUUAUCAACGUUACAUAGAAACAAGGUAAUUUCCGAGGUGAUGAAGACAGAUGAUGAUGCUGAUGAUGAGAGUGAUGACGAAACAAAUAAUUACGGCGAUAUCGUUCCACAGGCCAAUUUUGUGCACCCUCACACACUAAACAUAAAGGCGAAGGCCUCAGCAAUCUAGUCGUCUUUUAAGUAUCUUUCUAUUUCACCUCAAACAUAUCAAUACUUUCGUUUAUAGCAUAAACAUUUCAUCUAAUGCAUGCAUGAUUAGGUGAAUUAUUGACAUUUAAAAUAACGCCCGAUGCAAUUCGCGAGAUUGGGAGUAUCCUUGUUCGAGGUCGAAGCAGCAACUAUCGAAUGUAAGUUAUACAUAUUUGUUUUGGAAGCAGCUAUGUUUACUAACUAAUAAUUUACAGUGUCUUAACAUACAGUGGUAUUUUAAUUUAUAUUCAGGUAUCAAUCCAAAAUUAGAUACAUAUAUAAGUAGCAUAAUAGCAUCUUUAGAAAUAGAUAUAUAGAGGUUACACAA